GGGGCAUCCGGGGGCAUGACGCCCCGGGGCGGGCGUCCUACGGGCACCCUCUGGCCCGGCUCGUGCAGGGGAGGCGCGCUCCGGAAGGCGCCCCGCCUCCCCUCCCGCGGGCGCGCAGCCCCGCCCCGCCCCGCCCCCGCGCUUCCUCCCGGCCCGGGAGCUUCCGCCCUGCGCGGGCCCCGCCGGCGCUCAGCAUGGACGACCCCGACUGCGACUCGACCUGGGAGGAGGACGCGGAGGGGGACGGCCAGGGCCCGAGCUCCGCGGGCAGCGACGACGGCGAGGCCGGCGCCCCGGGGGGCGCGGAGGACGAGGACCAAGACGCGGACGAGCGGGCGGAGCGGCCCGGCGCCCCCCAGGAUGACGGGGGCCCGAAACUGGCGAGCCGUGCGGGACACACGCAGGUACCGGCACCACUACCCGGACUUGGUAGAACAAGACAGCAGUGGUGACAUGCCAAACCUGAGAUUCUACAGAAACAAGAUCCAGUUCCUGCCGAACGGCUGUUUCAUUGAGGAUAUUCUUCGCAACUGGAGGGGGGACUAUGACCUCCUGGAGGACAAUCACUCCUACAUCCAGUGGCUGUUUCCUCUUCGGGAGCCAGGAGUGAACUGGCAUGCCAAGCCCCUCACUCUCCGGGAGGUCGAGGCAUUUAAGAGCUCCACGGAGGUCAGGGAGCGGCUUGUCCAGGCCUAUGAGCUCAUGCUGGGCUUCUACGGGAUCCAGCUCGAGGACCGAGACACGGGCAGGGUGUGCCGAGCCCAGAACUACCAGAAGCGCUUCCAGAACCUCAACCGACAUGGCCACAACAACCUUCGCAUCACGCGCAUCCUCAAGUCGCUGGGCGAGCUGGGCCUGGAGCACUUCCAGGUGCCGCUGGUGCGCUUCUUUCUUGAGGAGACGCUGGUGCGCCAGGAGCUGCCUGGCGUGCGGCAGAGCGCGCUGGACUACUUCGUGUUUACUGUGCGCUGCCGGCACGGGCGCCGCGAGCUGCUGCGCUUCGCCUGGGAGCACUUCCGUCCGCGGUGCAAGUUCGUGUGGGGGCCGCACGACAAGCUGCGGAGGCUCAGGCCACGCUCGCCGCUCCGUCCACCCCUGCUGGUGGGUCCCAGGGAGGCCGAGGGGGAGGAGCGUGGCGGGGACCCCCUCGUCGAGGCUGGUGCCCAGGGUCAUGCCUGUGGGCCUGCCGAAGCCAGAGACAGUGCGGCCGUGGAGCCCCCGGAGGCAGGAGGCCUGAAGGACCAGGGGGAGGAGGCCUGGGGCCUCGGGGAGGAGGGGCCGGCACCCCUGAGCCCCAAGGAGAGCAAGAAGAGGAAGCUGGAGGCGAACCGGCAGCGGCAGCAGGCCCCCGGGGAGCCCCGCCCCCAGAGCGCGUCGGAGGUGGAGACGAUCGCCUUGAACCUGGAGGGCUGCGCCCUCAGCCAGGGCGGCGCUGGUUCCGGGACCCAGGAAAUGGGCAGCCAGGACCCAGGAGAGCCCGAGCAGCCCUGCCCCCGGCCCUUGGGGCCCAAGGGGGCAGAGGAGGUGAGGAAGCGGAGGAAGGUGGACCAGGGAGCCGAGGACGGCCCUGCGGUGUCAGCUGGCAGCAGUGCCCGGAUGCCCAGCCCCGCCUCAUCAGAGCGCCCCACAGCCGGAGAAGGCGAGAAUGGGGCCCCAGAGGAGGCAGACGGCCAGGUGGAGCCGGAGCAGGGAGCCCCCCGGAGCCCAGCCGCCGCAGGGCCCCCAGCAGACCAGAGGGCUGAGGCGGAGCCUUCUGCCAGACCCGAGAAGCCGUGAGAGGGGCACCUGAGCUCUGGGAGCCAAGCCCACUGGGCUCCCUGCUGGUCACGCAGCCCUGGGAAGGCAGGCCCCACCCUCAGGGACAGCCAGGACUACCGCCCUUCCUGUGGCAACCUCGUGUCCCACCUCCCCCUCUGUGCCAUGCCCCCCUGUGAAUUGGCCCUUAAGGGUCUGGGGCUGGGACGGGGGUCCUUUUCUCAGUCUGGUGCUGAGACCUUUUCUGAAUAAAUUCAUUUGACUUUG